AUGUGGCUCUUCAACAAAUCAGCCAAUCAUGGACGUAGUUCCAUUAUUGUGCCCAAUACUUGGCAUGACCGAGCCAAGGCGCGCUUCAGUCGCUUCCGAGCGUUUCUGAUUCCGAUCGCUGCCCUCGCUCUCAUCGCCGCGGGCCUCGGUACCUGGAUUGGUUUGAAGUACAGAGAGGACAGCCAGGGCCAGGCGAGCGGUGGUGCGGCAGGAGUCACGACUCUCACUGCUGCCAUUCCCGUCGUCGAGACGGUCUACCUCGUCCCUACUUCCGCUGCAAUUGCCCCUGAUCACACGACCACCUCGUCAGCCGCUUCGUCGUCGCCCUCCAAGCUCAGCACUGUCGUUCCCUCGACCUUCGUCACUGCGACGCGUCUGACCUCGACUGGCGGCUCAACUGCAAGUCCUACCGCGAAGUCUUCAGGCCACAGUCCUAUUUGUGAUGUCGACACCUUCAAGAAGAACGCAAGCUACGUCGGCGUCUUCAACAAAGGAGUUGUGCCCGAGCAGUUCCAGGCCCUCCCCGCGGAGAACGCAACAGACUGCUGUCAGCAGUGCUUCGGCAUGGUCGAUCGUGACUGUAACGGUUGGGGAUGGCUCAACCAGAUGUGUUUCUAUGUCUGGGGUUAUCCGGGCCCCCAUGCCAACGAGACCUGCCCGCAGGGAUACCCGUCACCAAGUUUCGACUAUCGUGGUACUGAGCAGGACUUUGCUGGGUUUGGACCAUGUGCUGUUCGUUAA